GCUUAUAUCCGUGGACUAGAAUCACUUCCGGAACGAGCAACACGCAGAUUGUCAGCAUGGAGGUGUUUGUGUAUAACCCAUUUUCCCAGUUUUUCAGUGCGCUUUUUCCUCUUGAAUCUCAUGUUCAAGACCUUGUUGAGCACUAUAUUAACAAAAGGGGUUAUCUGUUAGAGGACUUCUAUAUCAAGAAAAACGGGCGUCUAUCAGGACUCGAUGAUAAAUUACAAGAUGGAGCAGUGUAUCGACUGGAGCCUCGUCUUUGUGGGGGAAAAGGAGGCUUUGGCUCUAUGCUCCGAGCUCUUGGGGCUCAAAUUGAGAAGACCACCAACAGAGAAGCUUGCAGAGACCUCAGCGGAAGACGUUUGAGAGACGUCAACCACGAGAAAGAGAUGGCUGAGUGGCUGAAGAAGCAGGUGGACCGGGAUGCGGAGAAAGAGCAGCGGCGUUUGGAGAGACUGCAGAGGAAGCUAGCUGAGCCCAAGCACCAGUUCACAGAUCCAAAAUACGAGCGGCAGUGCCACGACCUUUCAGAGCGCCUGGAGGACUCCGUCCUAAAAGGAAUGCAAGCUUCAUCUAGUGGGCUAGUCAAGGUUGAAGAGGCACCCAGUAGGAAAAGGCCUACUCCAAAUAAAGGUAGAAAAGCCACCAAGAAAAAAUGCUUAUGGACGGGUGCUUCCGGGCUAGAUGACCUCAACGACAGCUCAGAGGAGGACGAGUCGACUGACAGCGAGGCCUCUGCCUCCACCUCCUCCUCCAGCCCAGAGGCUCCAGGCAGCCCAGCGAAGAAAGAUGACAGGGCUGAAACGGAAGUCCCUUAUUCAGCUGCUCAGGGCAAAUCUGAUGCUAAGGAAACCAACUCCGGUUCCAGACCCCUCUCCUCAGAGAGGAGCCCGGCUCACGUCCAGGCAUGUGGGGUGGCUGGGUGUGGAGCGGAGCAGGAAGCAGAGCCAGGCUGCAGAGGAGAGGAGCAGGAACAGCAGCCUGUAGACCUCGAGGCUGUGGGCUCUGUGAAGGCGCUUGAGGCGCUGGGCUUGGAGAAACUGAAGGCAGAGCUGAUGAGACAAGGACUGAAGUGUGGGGGAACCCUGGCGGAGCGUGCCGCUCGCCUCUUCUCCACCAAGGGGCUAAAUCCUGAGCAAAUUGAUCCUGCUCUGCUGGCCAAGCCCAGUAAGGGAAAGAAGAAGUGAUCGGGCGAGUUCCAAAUUGCUGAUCUGUGUGAUUUAAAUGUGUGUUGAUCCAAAUGAAAGGGGUGGGAAGGUGGACUUCAUAAUGAGAAUUUUGAAUGUACACUGUCCAGCCUAUCAGAAGACAGGUAUGGAAUUCAAGGGACUACAACUGUUUCAAACUUUUUUUUAUUGGGUGCUUUCUUAAAGCAACAACACUUGCUUGACACGACACCAAUCGUGCUUAAUUCUGUCACUCAUAUUCUGUUGAGCCCAAAAUAGUUCAUUAGUGCAUUAUGUUUUCAAGCUGGAUAUUGUCUUGUGAUUAAUUGAUUUUUUAAAUGAUCCUUCCUAGUUUAUGUACUUAAAGGUAUAACUUGUCAGUAAUCAUCAACAUUUUUGUUUUUUUUACUAUAUGAGUUAAAACGUGUAGAACAUAUUCUAAAAGAAAGUUUACUUUAGUCGGUUUGGUCCUGGUAGAAAGGUUGUAUAUGGUUAAAUACAUUAAACAUUUCAGAUGGAA